GUAGUGCUAUGGAAAAGCGAUAACUGGCCAAUAAAAAGGGCAGACGUGGAAUAUUUUGAACCUGUUGUUGAUAUGCGGCUUUUUGAGAUGAUUUGAUAGUACUUUUCGCUAGUUUUCUUUCUACAAGCAGAUUUUUAUAAUAAAAGCAAGUGUGAUUAAAUUUUAACAAAAUGAUUGCUAAGGCACUAAUAAAAGUAGUAUGUUUGUUGGUACUAUGGUCAGUGGCAGAAGGAUUCACUUCGCAGGAGGUGAAAUGUCAUGUUUGCAAGGCAACAGUACAGGAAUUGGAGAAUGCUAUUUCUAAGGAAGAUCCAAAUAAGACAGUUGACGUCAGUGGAUUUCGACUUGAUGCUAGAGGAAAUUCUAUAAGUAAAUCCGUUAAACUAAUUAAAUCGGAGAUGUAUCUGACCGAGUUAAUGGAAAAGAUUUGUGAUAAGAUGGAGGACUAUGUUAAAGCUACAUACAAAAGCAAUGGCAAGUUUACACUUCUUAAGAUGAUUGUCGAUGGGAAGAUGAAUCCGGAAUCAUCGCUAGUAGAUUUUGUCCAAGACGGCGAUUUAAAUAAAAGUCUUGGCCACUAUUGUUUGGAGAUACUCGAUGAUCAUGAAGAAAUCAUCAUAAAAGCCUUGCAAGCUCCAACACUUAGCGACGAACUGGACACUCAAAUUUGUGGAGCUCAGGCGAAAUACUGCCCUUACAGUCCAAUUCAAGAAGAGUACGACUUUGAUGAAAAGGAUGAAUUAUGAUAACGAUGAAUUAAGUUGAAUUUACUAGUUGAAAUUUGUUUUUUUUUUUAAUACAGCAUAUUUAUUUUAUAAAAACAA